UUGGCUGGGAGGAGGCGGCGGAGGAGGACGGGGCAGCGGCAGCGGCGUUCCCUGCGGCGGGGCCGUCGCCAUGGCGGCGCGGCGGCGCGGGCCGCUGGGGUACGCGCUGCUGUGCGGACAGGCCGCGCUGCUGCUGGGCAACGUGCUGCUGCUGCACGGCGCCUCCCGCGGCCUCCCGGGCAACGCCAGCGAGCCCGAGCCCGGCCCCGACGAGCUAGAGCCGACCGCCGCCGCCGCCUGGGCCUACACCGACCCGCGGGCACCGCUCGUGCUCUGCACCUACCUCCCCGAGGAGUUCGUGGAGUGCGAGGAGCCGGUGGACCACGGCGGGAACGCGACGGCGCAGCAGGAGCUGGGCCACGGCUGCGUGAAGUUCGGCGGACAGGCCUACGGAGAGGUGGAUCACACGCGGGUGCAGUGCCGGGCGCUGGACGGCAUCGAGUGCGCCGAGCCGAGGACGUUCCUGCGGGGCAGCAGACCCUGCGUCAAGUACACCGGCCACUAUUUCAUAACCACGCUGCUCUACUCGUUUUUCCUGGGUUGCUUUGGAGUGGAUCGAUUCUGCCUGGGCCACACCGGGACGGCGGUGGGGAAACUGCUGACCCUGGGAGGUUUGGGCAUCUGGUGGUUUGUGGAUCUGAUUCUCCUCAUCACUGGAGGGCUGAUGCCCAGCGAUGGCAGCAAUUGGUGCACCCUGUACUGAGGGGAGGUGAUGGCACCGCUGCGGGGCUGGAGCUGGGCCCCUCCCCAGCACCCGAGCAGACUUUGGCCUCACACAAAGACCGAGUAGCAAAGCUGUAGCUUAAGGUGCAGGAUGGUCCUUCCUGGGACUUCCUCUGUACAAACCAUGGACACAAAAUGGUUUGGUGUAUAUUUUGCUUGUUUAAAAUAGGCUGGAUUCUCCCUGCAAGUGGGGACAGUGUAAGGAAUCAGGCCUUGCACUCACAGCUGGUCAAACAAAGCUUCAUAAAGCCUGGACGUUGCUGACUCCACAUCUGCAGAGGACACCCAGCCACGUGGAGACUUGGGUUUGUCUUACUAGACUUUGCAAACCUUGAAGGUUGAAUAGCUCAAUAGAGUGUUGAGAGACUCUGUGGCAAAGGGAUGAGCUCUAAUUGUAUGUUGUUUGUUGCAGGGGAAGCUGGGUUAGGUGGAGCACAGGCUGCAGCUUUGGGAGAGCGCUGCUUGCCACGCUCCUGCAGGUGUGCAAAGCCACAGGGCAGCAAAUAAAGUCACUGUCCAGGCUUCUCAAAAGAA